CUUUAAUUAUAUAAUCUUUAUCUCAAUUGAUCGUUGCGUAAAUUCCAACUUUAAAUUUCUUGUUCACUCUCGACCUAUCCCAGAGUCUUUGAGUUCCAAGCUCGCCACUUACAGCCAUGCCUCUCAAUGUCAAAUCCAUAUAUCCGGCCUCAGAGCCUCAAUUCCAACAUUUUCCCAGUAGAAGAAGUGUAGUGCAUAGUACAGAGGGCAUGAUAGCCUGUACACAACCUCUAGCAGCAAGAUGCGGGCUCAAAAUAUUAGAUAUGGGUGGCAACGCUGCUGAUGCCGCGGUUGCAGUUGCUGCUGGCUUGAAUGUAACCGAACCUACCUCGACUGGAAUCGGCGGGGACAUGUUCUGUCUUUUUUAUGAUGCCAAGACCAAGAAGAUCUCAGCUAUGAAUGGCUCUGGCCGUUCAGGAGCAAAAUGUACUCUUGAAGCUACACGCAAAGACCUUGGUAUCAAAGAUGGUGAUAAUGGUGAGAUACCUUUGGACAGUGUCCACGCUGUCACUAUUCCAGGUGCAGCUGCAGGAUGGGUAGAUACAGUGGAAAGAUUUGGCAGUGGAAAGCUUUCCAUGGAGCAGAUCUUGACUCCUGCUAUCGAACUUGCUGAGAGAGGAUAUCCAGUGUCGGAAGUCUCGUCACGACUGUGGACAGCAGGAGCAAAAAUCCUUCAAAAGGCCUCACCAAAUUACGCCGAACUACUCAAAGCUGACCCAUCGGCUCCCAAUGGAUACAGAGGGCCUCUUCCAGGAGAACUUAUUAAGAAUCCCAACCUCGCUCAAACGUUUCGCACACUCGCCAAAGAAGGCAAGAAAGGUUUCUAUACAGGGCGAAUGGCUGAAUCCAUCAUCAAAGCUACACAAGACCGAGGUGGCUUCCUGACCCUUGCCGAUCUAGAAGCACAUCUCAAGGCAGGCACCGAGCCAGUAGAACCAAUCUCCUACGUCUUCAAAGGCCAGAAUUACAGCAAAACUCACACCGAUUUUGUAGAUGAAACCUCAGGCCAAGGCACAAAAGAAGAUGACCAUGGUGUCGAAAUCUGGGAACAUCCACCUAACGGACAAGGUAUUGUCGCUCUUAUGGCUCUCGGCAUUUUUGAAGCUCUCGAAGAGAGCGGGAAGAUCCCAGUUUUUAAACCAGAAGAUCACAAUUCUACUGAGUACUUACAUGCUGUUAUUGAGUCUCUGCGCAUUGCUUUUGGCGACGCGGCUUGGUUCAUCUCAGACCCCGCGCAUUCCAAAGUUCCCUCUGCAGACUUAGUGUCAAAGGCCUACCUCGCCGAACGAGCAAAGCUGUUCAAUCCCCUGAAAGCAUCAGACAAAAUCCACGACCACGGCAGCCCAGCUCACAACCCCAGCGACACCGUCUACUUCGCCGUAACCGACAAACACGGAAAUGGCAUCUCCUUCAUCAAUUCCACCUUCCACUCCUUCGGCUCAGGCAUCAUCCCCCAAAAUUCCGGCUUCACAAUCCAAAAUCGUGGAGGCGGCUUCCGCCUCACUCCAAACCACCCCAACUCCCUCGCCCCCUCCAAACGUCCCUACCACACCAUCAUCCCCGCACUCCUGACAAACGCUCAUGAUGGCUCUCUCCAUUCCGUCUACGGCGUCAUGGGCGGUUUCAUGCAGCCUCAAGGACACAUUCAGGUCCUGCUUAACAUGCUAGCGUUCAAGCAUAACCCGCAGGCUGCGCUUGAUGCUCCGAGAUUCUUGAUUGGUGCGGAGGAGAUGCCGGGGGACGGGAAUGGGAGGACGGUGUUCUUGGAGGAAGGUAUUAGUGAGGACGUGGCGGAGAGGUUGAGGGGGAUGGGACAUGAGGUUAAAGUUGUCAAGGGGUUUGCAAGAUCGCUGUUUGGGAGGGGGCAGUUGAUUAGAGCCCAUGUUGAGGAUGGGGUUGUGGUUUAUUCCGGGGGAAGUGAUCCGAGAGGUGAUGGGGCCGCGUAUCCUGGUUAG